GUAUUUCUGCACGCAAUAUCAAGCAUUUGCUCUCAGCUUUCUUCUUAAUUCGUCCUGGGCUUGUAGGUGUUGUUUACGCCCUCGGCGGAUACGAUGGCAGUUCACAUCUCAAUUUGGUAGAAGCCUACAAUGUUGCUGCGCGACGAUGGUUCUCCCUUCCUCCUAUGCACUACAGACGCAGUGCUCUUGGAGCAGUCGUCCUCGACGGACGUAUCUAUGUCUCGGGUGGUUAUGAUGGCAAGAGCUCCCUGCGCACUUGUGAAGCCUAUGAUCCUGAUCAAAAUCGGUCAGUUAUAACUUGCACCGGUAUUUCGUUUUAA